AUGGAGGAGGCCGAAGCGUGUGAAGCAGCACGUUCUUUUGUGCUGCAUUGGCUCCUGCAGCAGAGUGAGGGGUCCCCUCAGGAGGCCCCCUUAGAUUUCGCACCCAUUUCAUUUCACCUCUCUGGAUUCCCUCUGUGUCUGCGAGCUAGACAGAGCCCCGGCGCCGGCGACUGCCUCUUCGUCUCUGUCGCCGCUGCCUUGUGGCAAGAUUCGUUUGGCUACCAUCCGUCUUUCUCAGAUGAGCACCUCCAAGAAGCCGCGCUAAGCCUCAGACAGCUGGCAGUCAAUACGUUGGAAGACCCUUCUGUGGAGGAAUUUGUAAUGGAGGGCGCCGAGAAGGUUGGGCGGGAGGAGCUGUUGCAGCUGGCAUCGCUGCAGUACAACUGCUCAGCGCAGGAGUACUGCAGACGCAUGCGUAUGCAAACCACGUGGGGUGGAGGCCCCGAGAUUCUGUCGCUGGCUCACGCCCUCCGCCGCCCAAUAGCCGUCUAUACACUUCAGACCAGAGGAGCACUGCGGCGAACCAGCCGUCGCGGUGCAGCUACAGACACGCUCCAACAAAGGCAGCAGCAAACCAUUCGAGCUCUGCUUCAGCAGCAGCAGCAGGAGCCGCUGCAUCAGCAGCUGCACCAUGAGGGUCAGCUGCAUCUCUGCAAAGUGUUCGGCUGGACGGAAGGCUGCAAAGCGGGGCCUCUGCAUCUCCUCUUUACAAACGCACAGGGGCUAAAGGGAAGCCCGCCGGAAGGCGAAGCUAAUCACUUUGCCCCGCUGUUCCCCGUUUCCCGCUAA